GAGAAAACAGAAAGACUUGAGACGCCAUCGAGAAGCCGCCCGCUCAUCUUUGUCAGUUUUCCAGAAUCGGACGGUGCAUCGCCAAUCUUAGCUUGCACACCAGGGACUGCACUCUUCCUUGACCUGAAUCUCACCUUAUCACUCACCUUGCGAAUCCGACAUCUGACAGCAGCACGGAAUCCGACAGUCCCACUGCAGUCUGCAGCCAAAGCUUUCCCACCAACGCAACAACGAUCGAUCUGGAGAGCAGAGAGGGGAUUAACAGCUAGGUAAUGUUAAUACCAGCGUUUGGUGCAGUACAGAGCCAACAAUGGGGCUUUUGCGCAUAUGCUCGUUCUGUGUAAGCUUGUACACUUACUGUACUUAUUACAUCGCAAAUACCUGAGAACCUGUUUCACCGUGCAUCACUCGCCGCUUGAUAUCGUAUCGCAUCGCUGCUCAGCGCCGCCCCGCGCCUUGACACUAACCAACAGAUCCCUGAUGUAUUCUAGGACUUCUCUGUACAAUGGAACGAAUAGUCAAUGGCAGAUGGCGCAGCCAAAGCUCAUUCGUCAAUUGCAGCUCAGUUUUCUCUUUCCUCUCCUCAGGGACCUGCGUCAAUUCGCAUACCUACAUGCAGGAAACUACUGUAGCUGGCGCAAUAAGGAAAAGAUCAAAGACCAUCAUCUGCAGCCUAAAGUUUGUGACACGACACGACAACACAGCACAACCUGCCCGCCGGUGAAGGAGGGCUGUCACUUUUCUUUUUAUGGCGGGAGAGCAGCCCACCCCUCCUCUUCGACCCUGGCUUUUCAGCGAUUCUUGUCUCGGGAAUAAGAACACCAUCAUGACUUCUAAAGCCAAGACUCAACAGCGAUGAUCUGCCCGGCCAGAUCUCUCCGAUCCUUUCCUCCGUUGCUGGCCGAGAAACGUCCUCCUGACUCGGCCUCCCAUAUGACUUGACUCGGAUGACGACGGCGGAGUAGAGGUGGUGCUGUGGAAGUGGAAAGGGGGUUAGGCAGGGCAGAGUAAACUACGUCAGGAGCUCAGAUCUAGGUACACACAUCUAUACCUAGACAAGGUGAAGGCUGGGAUCUGGCGGUCGGGAUCGAAGAUGGUGGAGGACUGCUGGGCACGGGAUGAAGUAAAGACUUGGCCAGUCACUUUCCAGUAUAGACAACUGAGACACAUAAAGAUUGUACUCGAUAGAUCAUAUUGGAGUAGAAACUUCAAUGAACUGAACUCAAUGAAGCAAAUGCCAGGGUCAUAGUCAUGACGCCAAGGCAAGCCUCUUGAUACCGUACCCGCAGCCUACAAGCCCUGCCAGGCACAAUACGUGAUCUUUAUUCGACCUGCGU